AUGAAAAUUGCCCUAUGUGUGGAAUUCAGCAUGCUGGCUAUCCGUAAAAGACGUAGAAGACCUCAGCAGGAUGCUGAAGAUAACAUCAUAUUUGAAACUGAAAAGCCUGGUCUUCAAGAGCAGUACAUCAGCAAAUAUAAAGGCCGUGGCGUUUUCACCACUGAAUCUUUCUGCAGAGGAGACUUUGUUCUUGAAUACAGAGGUGAACUUCUGAGUUCAAAGGAGAGUCUUGAACGAACUAAAAACUACACUGAAACUGAGAGCACAUUCUUGUUUGAUUUUCAGUGGCAUGGAAAAUAUUGGUGUAUGGAUGCAUCCAAGGAAGACAAGUCCCUGGGAAGACUUGUCAACGAUGAGCACAAAAAUCCAACUUGCAAAAUGAGAACUGUUGAAGUGAAGAAAAAGCCUCAUCUUUGUCUAUUUGCUGUACGAGACAUUUUACCAGGUGAAGAAAUCACUUACAACUAUGGCGACUCGGACUGGCCGUGGAGAGCCAAGUCUUUAAAUGAACCGUCAACAGAAUCCAGUGAUGUAAAAUCAGUCAGCAGUUUGGGCCCACAGAAAUCGGUAAGUACAGUUAAUUCUGCUUCACUCCUUGUAAUGACAAAAUGGGUAAUUUUGAAGCUUAGAGGCCGGAUUUUACAAUGCAUUAAAACAAUAUAA